CCGGUAGUGGCUGUCUCUGUUUCCCAUCACUUCUGGACUGUCAAAUCCCAGUACGCCGCUGAUUUGUUUCUAAGUCCGCUUUCUGGAGCGGUAUUUCAAAUGACCAAAGAGAGUGGUAGGAAGCCUUGACUAUUAUGUCUCUUCCGAAAACGUCCUCCACAUUGCUAACCUCCAUGUUAACACCUGAGGGCAAAAAGUUAAAAGUCUCUGCAUCCAAGGAGGAGACAGGACUUCCUGAACUAAAGGAAAAAAAAAAUAUGGUGGAUCGUUCAAAACCCCUUCCUACAUCCCUUCAGAAUGAGUUCAUCCCUGAGGAAGUUCUUCUUUCUCUGACCUAUGCCGCCAAUGCUGGUCCUUGUCCUGAAAACUUACUGCCCCCUAAGAAAACUAAAACCCCAAAAGGCACUCUUCCGCGUCAGACUGACCAGGUCUGGUAUCACCCUAUUCGAAGAAAUAAGUUCAAAUACCUGAUUGAUCAUCCUGUUUCCCUAACUGGUGCCGGAAGGGAUAUUUCUUUCCUGUAUGAUGUUAAAUAUGUUAAAGGUGAGGCCAGGGAGAGUUCGCUUUGUCCCCCACGCUUGGAACGAUCAUUACAGUCACAUGAUGGUGUCAUUGUGCCUCAUAAGACAAAGAAACUAACAGAUACUUUGGUUCCUGAAGAAUUUCAUAUUGUGUCAAAUACAGGAGUUUCAGGUUUGGAGUGUUAUGAUGACAAAUAUACUACUCUCCUCACAGAUAGUGAAAACAGGCUGUUGCUCUUCCCAUCCAUGAAACCUAAUAAAAGAGUUGAAGUGGUCCAGCUGAAUGACGUGAUGGAUGCUAUGCUAGAGAGGGCUGGUGUGGAAAAUCAGGAAUAUACAGGGCCAACCAAGAUGCACAAACUACUACAUAUGUUAAGGAAGGAACAGAAUAUUUACAAUACAGUAUUUCAUGAACUAAUUCGACAAGUCAGUGUGGACUGUGCAGAUAGAGGAGAACUACUGUCCAAAAUCAGAGAGCGGUAUGUACAAAUGCUUGACCAAAUUGCCAGACAGAUGAUUGAUUUCUACAAAGACUUGGUAACUCAGCGAAUGAUGGACCAGCGCAUUCUAGAAGAGCUGUACAAUUUUAAGAAUGUUAUUGAAGAACUGACCAGGGAGCUAUGUCUGGUUCGUGCACAUGAUAUGAAAUUAACAAAGGAAACAGAGAAGGCACACAAGGAUUUGGCGCAAGCUCUUUUAGAUGCUGAAAAGAAUGCCAGGGUUGUAGAAGAAUACCAUGACUUAUACACAUUGCAAAGAGGAAGGAUGGAGAGUGAUAUUAAACAGUUAAUGGCAGAAAGAGAUCUUUGGAGCUCAGCCACAUAUGAACUGGCCCUAAAGGUAAUUGAAAAAAAUAGAGUCAUAUUGGCCAAAAGACUUUACCUCAAUGAAAAAGGUUGGAAUAAAUAUACUAAGCAUUUCAUCAUACUGCUGUCAACCAAGGACACUGCAGACCUUGCACUGUUGCAGAAGUUGACACUGAAAUGGAGAAGCUCAAUGAAUAAAUUUAAAAAUGAAGUGGAACAAAAUGAAGAUUCUACAAGGGAGAAAUUGCAAACUAUUAAGGAUAGUCUUACCAAAUGGCAGGAGUUCCUCCGAAAUGAUGGAAAAGACAUUUCAUCUCUUAGUAAAGAAAAUACAUUUGAAUCAGUUAUUGCAGACUUCAAGCAGUGGCAAAAGGUGUUAACUGAAGAUAAAGACAAGUAUACUGGGUAUUUGCUGGUGUCAAAAUAUGAUUCUCUCAAGAUUAUUAAACAUUUACAGGAAAACUGGACAGAUAUUGGGUUUGGGAUAUUGAAUCGCCACAGAAGUAUGGAGGGGGAGAUGCCACCAGAGCUACAGUACAUGCAGGAAAUUGUGAAAACCAUAGGAAGACUCUAUAAAGAAUUUGAAAUAAGAAUAAAUGGGGAUAAUGGUAUAUCUAAAAUUCUUUCAAGUUUGGUUAGUUCUCUAGAAUUCUGUUCUUUCAAGUUGGUAAAUGGCCUGCAGUUUCCUGAAAUGCUUCAUGAAGAAUGGGAAAGACUUAAUGAAAAAGUUAAUGAAAUGAAAUCUCAGUUGGAUGCAUCGAUAAACAUUAUUGGUACCAUUCCUCAGUAUAUGGAUGUGGAUUCUGGCCCGGUACUUCAAGCACAAAUAUUUAACAUGAUUCAACAAUGGCUUUUGAAGAUAAGCAAUGAGAUUAACAAUGGUAACAUUGAACUUCAGCGCCAUAUGGAUGAAUUGCAUAUAUCUAUGAUCCAGUGGAUGGUAAGCUUGUUGAUUUUAAUGGUGCCUGACUUCACUGACCAAAACACUCUCCCAAAUUUGAGGGAGGAAAGUGCUGAGAAACAUGAUCUGGGAGUAGCAAAGUUGGAGCUAGACGCAAUUGCGCUGGCCAGAAAGUUGGCGCAAUAUUCCAGCUAUUUGAACAGUUGUUGCAAAGGCAUGGUAACAGCUAUGGCUCUGAAUAAGGCAGGUCACUUAGAAAAAAAUCCUGCUAAGGAACUUCACGAGCUGAAUGAGAUGAAGAGAGAAUGUUAUGGGUGGAUCACCACAUGUUCUCACCUCCUUUCUGGGAUCAAAGGCAAAAAAGUAAUGUUACUGACAAGGGAAGAAAAAGAACAUCUAUUUGGAGAAGAGGAUUUUUUAAAAGAAUUAAUUGAACCUGAAAUAGACAGCCUUUUUACUUUUAGAGAAGAGGAAGAAGAAAGCACGGAGGAUAAUUUUCAGAUGCAAAAGGAAGAAGAGAAGCCUUCAACAUCCAAGGAGGAGGAAAAACUCAUUCGAGUAAUUGAAAAAGAUGAAAAUAUUCAUUCCAAACCUCUAUUUGAAGCAAAUAUAUUAUCUUCCUGGAGAGAAUCAGCGAAGCAAGGCACAUUGGCCCCAAAGUAUCUUGAAGCAAUGGCUAUCAUUGAACGCACACAGGAGAAGUUAUUAGAGGUUGAAAGCAGAGCCAGACAAGCAGAGGAGAAGUUUGAUGAUGUAAAUGAGAAACUUCAUUACGCCCUUAUAAGAAAUAAAGACCUGGAGAGAGAAUUAGAGACUAUUUUGACGAGUUCUAGACAGAAGGAGUUUGAAGGAAGAGAAGAAGAAAAUGAAGGAGAAAGAGAAGAUGGAGAAGAUGAAGAAGAAGAUGACGAUGAUGAUGAAGAAAUCAAGCCAGUAGAACAUUCGCCAAAAUCUCUAAAGAGAGAGGUACAACGUAAGGAAGGUCCUCUCAACCCUAAACCCAGAGCUCGGACUAAAUCCAAGACCAAGUCCAAGUAG